AUGUCGCAAAAACCGAUCUCCCCGCUCCUGCGGGCGUGGUACAAAUGGAAAAUGCUGCGCCUGCCCUGGCGGCGCCAAUUCCUCGUCGGUUUGGACCUAAACGGCAACACCUACUGGGAAUUCCUCGACCGCGGCUCGCGGCUGCCCUCGCCGAACCCGGCACACCCGCACCUGUCGCCCGUACGAUGGCGGCGCAUCGUGCGGUGCCCGCGCGGCACGCCGCCCGACGCGCUGGUCGUGCCGCCGGCGUGGCACGGCUGGCUGCGGCACACGCGCGCCGACCCGCCGUCGCUGGCCGAGCAGCGGGCCGAGGAGGCGCGCCAGGCGCGCGUGAAGCAGCUCGCGGCCGAGGCGGACGCGCGGUGGGAGGCGAAGCCGCGCGUGGCGACGGGGCCGGCGGCCGGGGGCGCGUCGGCGGUGCUGGGCGUGCGGGCGCCGGCGCUGGAGACGGAGCGCAGGGUUGGGCCCGGGUCGAAGGUGAAGAAGGAGCGGGGCCCGGCGGUGGCGCAGGGGGAUACGUUGGGGGACAGAGAGGCGGUGGACCUGCGGGAGGAGACGUGGCGGAGGAUGAGGCGUGAGGCGGAAGCCAAGGGGAGCGGGACACAGGCCGAUCCGUGGAAGCAGGCGAGGGGAGGGCCCAGCGAGACGUGGCAGCCGCAGGCUUGGCAGCCGGCCGCGAAGCCGAAGAAAUGA